GUACUGUACGUAACUUAUCACCGAUAACGUUCACCUCAACAUUGAUGCAACCUUUUACUUUCGACAACACAUCAACAUUCUCUAUAGACGGCGUUUCUUUUCUUGUAUUUACUUGGCCGAGACAGCAUAGAUCCCUUGGAGCUCUAUUCCUUCUCGCCGUCUAAGAACCGAUCUAUUGUUCAUGGUCAUUCAUUACUAUGGAUCCGAAUGAACAAUCACAACCGACCCUGCCGCCGCAGGAGCAGAUGCGCAAAAGGCGACUUGCGAAGCUUGGUGGUCUAAAUGCGACGCCGUCCAGCCCCAAACCAGAAGAUGUUACUAAACCUGAGCCUCCGACCUCGUCAGCGUCGCCGGCCUCGUCGCUUCCGGCUACUCUGCCAAAGCCAAAUGUGGCAAACCAAGAGAACACCCGGCCAACUCCUCUACCGAAUCCACAAACCAGCUCCGCGUCUUCUUCGCCAUCCCCAAGCCAAUCUCCGGCGACAAACCCAUUUUCCCAGCUCGGUGGGAAAAACAAGACAGAGCCUGGAAAUAAUAUCGCGGAGGAUUCAGGUAACAAACGUGUCUCCAAGAGGCCAUAUGCAGCUAUUGACAGAGAUACGACAGCUAUGCCAUCCAAGAAGAUACAUAUUGCAAAAGAAGAAACGUUAGAAAACUGGUCGAAUCGGGUGCUGGGCGACAUAUUCCGCAUCACGCUUGACGAGACUCACACGACGGACAGCAGGGGUAACAAGCUGACCUACUUGCCAGAGCUCAAGGCUGAUUUGGAACAAUCCGGUGAGCCGAUUAAACUAACUGCCUCGACAAUUGACUCGGCAAUCCUCGAAGCAGCCAGAUAUGUAUCCACGAGUAAGGCGCUUCUAGACUACCUGCUGCCAUGCUGGAAGCGCGUUGUGAAGGCUACUAAGCCUGCUAGACCCUCACCACCCGAUAGAGAAGCUGUCUUGAACGAAGCUAAGCGGCUGUGCAUGAGCAAUUGCAUAUUUGCGCUUACUAUGCCUGAAUACUUCGGCCGUGACCCCAAUCCGAACCACGAUUCUCUAGUGCCAUACCUUCUUCGGCACCACGAUAAUGAGGACGGUAUCUGCUUGGAUUUCUUUGCUGAGGCCGUUUCUCGUAUACCGGAAGAUGAUACCGUUGCUGCUAUCUUCAUAGAUGCUAUGGUUACUAUGAGUAAGAGGCUUGCCACGAUGACUAUGAAUGAUGAUUACAGGCCAUACAUGAAUUGUUUGGUUACAUACGCAAGAUUCCCGCCUUUGCUCAAUGCACUUGCAGAGCACCCUAACUUUCGAGUAAAGCCCACGCCAGAUAUGUCCAAGGAACAAAUAGCUUUGGCAAGCGAAACCGAAACUAUCUUGGGGCCAUUCUUUCGCAUAUCGCCACUGCAGACCGAGGUUACUAAGAGUUACUUUGUUAGUCCGCGAACAAUCGAUGCAGGCCACGUGAAGUCAUCUCAGAGUGCCCUUCAGAUGACACUAAAGGCUCAUCAAAGUGACCUCGCAAGCAUCACAAAUGCUUUUGUUCGCGCAAGCCCAAGUGCCCGAAAUAGUAUUCUCGACUGGUUUGCAUUCGUGGUCAACACAAACCAUAAAAGGCGUGCUCUUCAAGUCAAGCCGACAGACGUAGCCUCAGAUGGUUUUAUGGUUAACGUGACAGCUAUCUUAGACCAGCUAUGUCAACCUUUCAUGGAUAGCACAUUUUCCAAGGUGGAUAAAAUCGAUGUUGACUAUUUACGACGUAGCCCUCGAGUCGACAUGAGCGACGAGACCAAGCUCAACGCCGAUCAGGCGACUUCAGAAGCGUUCUACAAGGCACACGUCCCAGGCUCCUCUAAUUUCAUCUCAGAGGUUUUCUUCUUAACCCUAGCUGCCCAUCAUUAUGGCCUUGGGGCAACAAACUCGAAGCUCAAGGAUCUUGACAGAGAUAUCAAGUAUGUUGAGGGCGUCAUAAAACAGAUCGAAGGGGAGAUACCUAAGCUACAGAGCGACCCAUUGCGUCUUGCUGUAGCAAGGCAACAUCAUCAGAAUGCUGUCAAUGCAGUUGAAAGACAUAUAGCGCUCAAGUAUUCUAUCGAAGGAAUCGUAUUAGACUCGUCUAUGCAGACAAUAUCCUUACAAUUCAUGAGAUAUGUAUCUGUGUGGCUUCUACGAAUUGCUAGCGGAACAGACUACAUACCAGGCAAAGAUUUCACACUUCCUCUCCCCGCUGACAUACCCGAGGCCUUCAGUUGUCUCCCAGAAUACGCCCUCCAGGAUGUCGUUGAGAAUUUCAAGUUUGUUUUCCGUUUCUUGCCCGACAUUUUGGUAUCCGCCGUUGGGGACGAGAUAAUCACACUAUGCAUUACCUUCUUGAGGUCCUCGGAAUACAUCAAGAAUCCUUACCUGAAGUCGUCUCUCGUCACGUUAUUGUUCUCUGGGACAUGGCCGUUAUAUCAUCUUAGUAGGGGGGUUCUAGGCGAUACUUUGGUCGGAUCAAAGUUUGCCAAUGAGCACCUCCUACAUUCACUCAUGAAGUUUUACAUCGAAUGUGAACAUAGUGGUGUCAGCUCCGCAUUCUACGAUAAAUUCAAUAUCCGCUACGAGAUAUUCCAGGUCAUCAAGUGCAUCUGGCCAAACAGUGUUUACAAAGAUCAGCUCAGCCAGGAAAGCAGGGUUAACCGGCAAUUCUUUGUGCAAUUUGUGAACUUGCUUCUAAACGACGCGACCUACUUAUUAGAUGAGGCAUUAACCAAACUUGUUGCGAUACACGACUAUCAGAAGCAAUUACAUGAUGACACAUUAUCUCCUGAAGAUAAGGAGAAGGUCCGAGCAGACCUGGAAACCGCUGAACAGCAGUGUCAGUCCUGGAUGCAGUUGGUGAACGAUACUAUGGGAAUGAUGAAACUGUUCACGGCGGCAUUGCGCGACGCAUUUACCAUGCCCGAGAUCGUAACUCGGUUGGCGGGCAUGUUAAACUACAAUCUAGAGUCCCUGGUCGGUCCGAAACGGGGCAACCUCAAAGUACAGGAUGCCAGGAAAUAUCAUUUCGACCCGAAGACCCUUUUGUCUGACUUCAUAGACAUAUACAUCAACCUGUCACCGAAACCUACCUUCAUCGAAGCAGUUGCUGCCGACGGCCGCUCAUACAAACCAGACAACUUUAAGGAAGCAACCAGGGUGAUGGAACGCAGUCUUCAUACAGCACCCGAAGUCAUCUCCACUUGGAGAUCUCUGGUAGACAAGUUCGCCGAAGCUAAGCAACGUCUAGAUCAAGCCGAACUCGAUCUAGGCGAAGUACCGGAUGAAUUUGAGGAUCCCCUGAUGGGUGAUUUGAUGACUGAUCCAGUCAUUCUACCGUCACAGAAUAUCGUUGAUCGGUCAACGAUUGUGCAGCAAUUGCUCUCUAACCCGCUAGAUCCCUUUACUCGAAAGCCGAUGACUAUCGACGAUGUGACUCCAGCUAAUGACUUGCGUGCCCGGAUUGAGGAAUGGAAAGCCGAGCGGAUAGCAGCUGCUAGGGCUAGAGUAUCAGAAGGGGAUGCCAUGGAUACAACAGCAGGUUAAAGAGGGUUCCAAGCGAACCCUGCAACUUUUGUACCACCAAACAAUGGAUGAUUAAAUUAUCACCUAAGAGUAUAGUACAGGCGGGUGGCCUCGAGUGAAGCUACAGACAGAUGGUUAUGCAUUUUUCUUAGACUACAGGGUGCCUAUAACGGUUCUAUUUCGCCCAUAUGCGGUGAGCUUGUGGAUUAGCUUUGCGAAUCAAUGAUAGGUAGAUACCUACCUAUCAUCAUAGUAGAUAAGUGCCCAUGAAGUUUCGUCAAUUCUUUUUAUUUUGAGGCUAAUGAGGUGCAUUGAUUACCCCUAUUCCUCUUUAGCUGGUUUGAAUGACAGCAUCCACGGAUCAAUUAGUUCCUCAUUCAUUGUGAAAUAGAUGUACUCUCGAGUGAAAUAGCAAGGGUUGUUCAAGUAUC